AUGGCUGCUCAGUGGACCUACGCGACCACGGUCAAGGCCCCGCAACCCGCGCAGCUGUCGCUCUCGCUGUCGGCCUCGUCUCCUACGCCUUCAUCUCUCGACUCGCUCCUCGACUCGACCACGCCCGCACUCGGCGUACGCGUGACGGCAGACGGCGCACUGCUCGACCCGCAACAGCUCGCUGCGAGCGCCGUCAUCGCCGAGGUCCGCGACUGGCUCGACAAGAACAAGUCGUCAAUCGCAGUCGACCAAGUCGGUUCAGCGCGCUCGACGCCCGAGGGCAUCUCGAUCGCGCUGCACGCCUUUUCCCGCUCGGCCCGCGCCGCCACACUCUCGCUCGAGGGCGCCAUCGGCUCCGAGCACCGCCGCGAGGGCCAGCCCGCCCCGGACGGCCCAUCACCGUCCCACCUCGCGUCGCUCGACCUCUCGCUCGACUUUCGCUCGUCAGCAGCCCGCCCGCGCAAGAAGGCGCGCCUCGCUCGUCCCGACACACCGCCUCCCUCAGCCUCACAGCCCCACCGCCAGCACCCGCCGGGCGGCAUCACGCUCGCGGCGCAGCUCCUCGACGCGAGCGGCGCGCCGCUGCAUUUCGCCCUCGCGGGUCUCGUCGAGGUCGCCCUGACGCGGUGGGCCAAGAAGCUCGUCGCCGCGUUCCCGCUGUGCUUCAACGCGAGGUGGAUCGAGAGGGUCUCGGGCGACCUGGCGGCGCAGCACUCGAUCGCGGGCUCGCUCAAGCGCAUCCUUGGGCUCGAGGGCGGCGGCGAGCUGCAGGCGGGCGAGGCAGGCGAGGUGGAGGACGAAGCGGCGGCCCUGAUGAGGAGACUGAACCAGCACCUGUCGACCGCCUACCCCGCUCGCUUUCCCUCGACCCCCUCCCUCACCGCCGACUCGCCCUCCCCCUCCCUCAUCUCCCCCGCCCUCCUCUCUCCCCCGCCCUCGCCGCCUCUCGCACCCGCCGCACCCGCCAUCGAGCCCGUCGCCGCCCUCGAGGCGGCGCUGCUCCUCCUCGCGACGAGGGCUGUCGCGCCCGACCCGUGGGCGCCGCCGCCGCCGUCGUCGGUCGAGCAGAGCGAGGAGCGCGUCGGCGCCGGUGGCUCGAGGGGCAGGAGGGCAUCGAGCGGCAGGGGCAAGAAGGGCGGCGGCCGGGGCGAGCGCGUGAGGGGAGCGAAGCGAGGCAGGGCCCGCCUCGCGAGCGCCGACGACGACGACAUGCUCCUCGACGAUGACCCGCCCUCGCGCCCCGACUCGCCGCCGCUCGACUUUGACGCCGGCCCGACCUCGCCAACCCCGCCGCCGCCUCGAGCCGCCGACGCCGAUGGGACGGGAGAUGAGCGGGGCGGCGACACGAUGAGCUGGCAGCUGGCGGACUGA